CCACAGCCUCAUCGAUCCACGCUCUUGAUCUUCCCUCCAAAAACACUACUACCUAGUAUAGUAUCGCAAUGGACCCCAAGCUGCUCGCGCUCGCCGUGUCCGCGGCCGUGCUGCUGGCCCUGGCCUUGCCGGCGCCGGCGUCCGGGCAGGCCGCGGCGGCGACGCCGUCAUGCACGGCGUCGCUCGUCUCCAGCUUCACGCCGUGCCUCAGCUACAUCACCAACGGCAACAGCUCGUCGCCCACGGCGGGCUGCUGCCGGUCCCUGUCGGCACUGGUGAACGCCAGCACGGGCUGCGCGUGCCUCCUCCUCACCGGCAGCGUGCCCCUCGGCGGCGUGCCGGUCAACCGGACGCUCGCCGUCACGCUGCCCAGGGCCUGCAACUCCAUGGCCGUCCCGCUUCAGUGCAAAGAUGCGUCGGCGCAGCUCCCGGCUCCGGCUCCAGCUCCGGGCCCCGUCGCGGCCUCGGCCUCUCCCGCCAUGCCCCCGCUGCCACCGGUGGCGCCGGCGCCGCCGUCGCCGUCGGGAACCACCACGGCGACGCCACCGGCGGGGAGCCAGAGCCAGGGGCAGACGAGGCCGCAGGUGGCCUCUGCCUGGAGAGACGGUGCUCAUGUGCCUGCGUUGUUCGCAGUGAUCCUCGCACUUGGAGCCAUGCUGGUUUGAGCUGAGCUGGGCAAGCACUCGACGUUGCUGCAAUACGUGUUUACUACUAUGUGUUUUGUGUGCUUGUUUGGUAGUAGGAGAGUGUACAUUGGCUCUUUGUAUACGCAUUCUUUUGGUUGUGAAUUGAAAUAAUAAUAUAUUGA